AAAGUUUUUAUUAAAAAAAAACUUUGAAUUAAAAUAUCGAAUGGUUUUAUUUCGAAUCUGAUUCUGUGCGCUAUUAUUAAUGAAAAUUUAAUUUAUAAUUAAUAAUUAUUUUUAAAAAAUGGUGCGACGUGUUAAAACUUUAUUCGAAAAAUUUGAGGCUAGCCAGCCUUAUCAAAAAAGUUUUUAUCACACUCAGGAUUAUAACAAGAUUUCAAGAUUUCCAGGAAGUGUAAGAGAAAAAUACAAAAUAAAAAAAUCGUUAUCAGAACCACAAGCUAGAAUCAAUUUUAUUGAUGAAAAAUUGAAAAAACUUCGAAAAACUCCAGAAAUUUCUGAAGAUGAUUUUUCAGAAGAAGAUUUUGGAUUUUCAAAAAUUGAAAAUCGGAAAUUUGAAAAAGGACUCGGGGAAAAUAAUUUAAUCGGUUGCGAAAACGGCAAAAAAUAUUUUUCAGAAAUAAGAACAAUGAGAAAAACGAGAAAUAUUUUGACAAAUAAAGUUAAUCAACCCAACUUGAAGCUUAAGAAUAUUUUCUCGACUCGGUUAAGUGGUGGACGAGAUCCUGGUUUGUCUUCUCCGACAAUUUCAAGCAUUUCUGAAGUUCAAUUAAAAAACAAAAUUCCCUGGAAUGAUGUUAAAAAUAAAAAGACAGAAAUUGAAAUUUCGAAUACAAGAAAAAGAAAAUUGGAUCCAGAGUUCAAAUAUCGAAAACCUAUUAUUCCAAAAUACAAAUCUGGUCUUCCUAGUAAAUAUUUAGAGAAGGAGCAUCUUCGAGUUUCGGUUUCUAAAAUUGACCAGGUUGUUUGUAAUUUUGAAAAAAUUUUGAAGCAAAGGAAAGAAUUUUCCAAAUCGACCCCAAUUCGGAGGAAUCAUUCAGAAAUGUUGAAAUCAAUCAGUAAACUUACGGCCCUCCUUUUAUAUUUGCACUUUCUACUAUCCUGCUUUCUUUCCUUUUCGAGAAGUCAUCAUUACGGUGAAAUUUUUGGACGAUGUGAUGCUCGAUAGUUGAUUCAGAUUCUGGAUGGGAACAUCUACUUUUGAAAAAGUUCAAUCAGAACGAAGAAGAUUCAAAGAAUUCGAACCAGAAAGACUGAAAAAUAUGCUUUAUAAUAUUUCUAGAGGAAAGGCUUUUUUGAUUGAUUAAGAAUUAUUUAUUAAUUCA